AUGACUCCUAAUCGUCCACGUUUACUUUUACGUUUCACGGCUACCAUCCAGCCAAUCGUGGACGGGUCAGCGUCUACUGUCAAAGACCGACUCUUGGCCCCGCCCACGUCUGCGGAAUUUGUCCGUGUCUGGAAAACGACGACAUAUAAUCUGGUCGUCACUGGACCCAGCACAAGCAAGCGCCUUCUCCCACUAACCGCCGUUCUUGAAGCCUGCCUGCUAGCCACCAUGUUGUUUAAGCGCAGGCAACAAACAUUCCCACCCAUCAAUCCUGCACUCUUUCUCAACCAAACUCUGAGAUCUCUGCACGACGCAAAGCUGCUCGAGGAGAAACGUGAUGAAAACCCCGCAGCGGUGCAGCAGGCGUUUCGCAUCUAUGCGCAAUUGAUCCAUACCUUCCAGACCGUCUUCACCAAUUCAGGACCACACGCACGGGGAAGGGUCAAGCCCGUAGACGACCCCCAUAUUCUCCGACAGCUCAUACAAGUCGCGGAAGACGUCAAGAGCAACUAUGAUCGUCUACACGAGGAUAGUAUGAGCGCUGCCAUCAGCGUCCGCUCUACAUACUAUCCCUCGCCGGCAUAUCCUGCACACAUCAAGGGAAUGACAAACUGGUUAGAAGAACUCGCUUUUGCUGCAGAGAUACAAUUGGAGCUUGAAGGCAAGGGCAAGGGUCCUGCCGCUGAACCCGCUCCUCAAAUUGUCGAAGUCGGUGCGGACGAAUGCCAAGUCUGUGGAGAGUCGUUUGGGACUGAAAACGUUAUCCGUCCAACGAGGCUGCCCACUACAAAAUGCGAGCACGUCACAGUCGACAUUUGCAAGAGCUGCCUCGCUUCAACCAUUGCAGCUCAUAUGGAAGACCGCGGCGUUGCCAUCCCAGUAUUGUGUCCGUAUAGUGGCUGCCCAUGCACGUUGACCAAGGAUGACAUCAAAGAGGCGGCUACCAGUGAUGUGUAUGCUCGAUGGGAUAUGCUCUCCCUUAGAGAAAUGAUGCGCUCGGACCAGGGUCUCUUUGUGUGGUGCCAGAAUCCUGCGUGUUUUAGCGGCCAACUGCACCCAGAAGGCGCAUCGCAGCCGAUUGUGACCUGUGUGCGCUGCUCGGUUCAGACUUGCUUCAACCACUGUAUCGUCUACCACGAGGGAAAGACAUGCGCACAGUACGACAAAUCACGUCCUCUCAAAGACGUGAUCAACAGAGCUGCCAAUAGGGCGACAAUCUGGUGGAAGACGAGAAGCUGCCCGGGUUGCUUCCAGCCAAUCUCAAAGAAUGGUGGCUGCCGCCAUAUGCGAUGCCGCUGUGGCUACAACUUUACCUGGUGGUAUGCGCCCAUUCAUUGGCGUCGCUUUACACCAUUUAUCAAGGCUCGCGCUCCUGGGCUCUGA